AUGGCAGCCAAGGCUUUGGUCUUCCUGUGCGCUGUAGCGGCCGCGACCGCCAUCGCUGUGCCGGUGCUUCCCGCCGCGAAGGUCGCGUACGCACCAGCUCCGCUGACUUACUCCGCCCCCAUCCAGAAGGUUGCUUAUGCCGCCCCCAUCCAAAACGUCGCCUAUUCCGCCCCCAUCCAGAAGGUCGCCUACGCUGCCCCCAUCGGCAAGGUCGCCUACGCGGAACCCGAAGCGCCCGCCAACUACGACUUCAGCUACUCCGUCCACGACACCCAGAGCGGUGACAUCAAACAGCAACGCGAGCAACGCGCCGGUGACUCUCUGCAGGGGUCUUACUCGCUGGUCCAGCCCGAUGGCGUCCACCGCAUCGUCGACUACACCGCUGACGAGGUGCACGGAUUCAACGCUGUAGUGCGCUACGAGGGCCAGGCCACUGAAGCGCCCGCCAGACUUGCCUAUGCCGCCCCCGUAGCGAAACUCGCGUACGCCGCCCCCGUAGCGAAACUCGCGUACGCCGCCCCCGUAGCGAAACUCGCCUACGCCGCCCCAGUAGCCAAAGUUGCGUACGCUCCGGCGCCCGUAUCCUACGCACCAGCACCAGUCGCCAAAGUGGCAUACGCGCCUGCACCAGUCGCCUACGCCUCCGCACCCGUAGCCAAGGUUGCCUACUCAGCACCACUUGGCCACGUCACCUUCUCGUCUCCAGCCGUCUCUUACCAGCAC